AUGAUAGUACGCUCAACAUUUUUUAAAUUAAUCACUUCUGGAAUUGUUAUUUUUGGUGUUGUUGUUCUAACACUUAAUUAUAUUUCAUAUCAUCAAAAUCAAGAUAAUCAUGGAUCAGUUGAUGAUAGUAAUGUAUAUGUUGUCUCAAAUAAUAAUGGUGAUGCAUUAAUUCGUAUUAAAGCUGAUGUCAAAUCAAAUAGUAAACCAGCAAUAUUAUAUGCUAAUAAUGGAAAAAUAGAUAUACCAAAAGUACGCAUUCGAACUUAUAUGAUUUCAAUGAAUCAUGAACAGGAUCAAAAUGUUCUUGUUCGUGAAGCUGGUGAAGGCAAUUUUAAUAUACUUCUACUUCAUGGUCAAGCAUUUUCUUCUAAAACAUGGGAAAAAAUUGGUACAUUGCAAUAUUUAGCAAGUUGGGGUUAUCAAGCUUUUGCUAUUGAUUUACCUGGUUAUGGCAAUAGUUCAUUACCUGUUAUUCAAGAAACAGCAGCUGCACAAUGGUUAAUAAGAUUAAUACGUUCACUUCGUCUUUCAAAUCUUGUUAUUAUUAGUCCAUCUAUGAGUGGUCGUUUUUCUUUACCUUAUGUGAUACAAUCUAAUACAAAACAACAAUCUCUACGUGGUUUUAUACCAAUUGCUCCAGUUGGAACAAAAAAAUUCGAUACAAAUGAUUAUAAACAAGUUCAAAUUCCAACAUUAAUUGUUCAUGGUGAAAGUG